AUGUUAUUUAAUAUUAAUAAUAGUAAUUUUAAUCAUAGAUUAGUCCAAUUUCCCCAUAUUCUUUUAUCUAAAAUAAUCAAUUUUAUCGACUGUGACUUGGAUCGUAUUUGUUUUUCAUUUGUUUGUAGAAAAUGGUUUAAUGAUAGAGAUCAUUACUUGGUUUUUAAAGAUCAUAAGCCAAAUUCAACACCAAAACUUCAAUCUGUCGAAUCUAUAUGGGAGUUUCAUUUUUAUUCCUUUAAAACUCAAUUUAAAUAUUCCAGAAACAUAAAGGAAGGUUCAAGUAUUAUUAACACUCUAAAUGGUGCAUCAUUAUAUAUUGUUGAUCAAAAUACUCCUUUAAUUGAUGAUAGAUAUUUAAAUGAUUAUUUUUUAAAUUAUGAAACUAUUUCAAAAUCAAAAAAUAAUAUAUAUAUUCCAAAAUCAGUUACAACUUUAUAUAUUUAUAUAGAUAUUAAUUUUUUAAAAUCUAUAUACAAUGCAAUUUCAGAAUCAAAUGUAACAUCUAUAAAAUUUUGUAAUUUCACUCAAACCAUUGUACCAGGAUCAAUACCUUCAAAUAUCAAAUCAAUUCAUUUUGAAAACUAUUUCAAUUCUUUUGAAAAAAAUGCACUUCCUCCAUUCCUAGAGUCUCUGACAUUAGCCAAAACCUACAGAGGAUCUCUUAGACCAGGAGUUCUUCCACCUACACUUACCUAUCUCAAUGCUGGUGGUUUUAAUAGAGACCUUGAAAUUGGAUCACUACCUCCAAAAUUAAAGACUCUAAUCCUUUCCAAGAAGUAUAGAAGAGAGAUAGCAAGAGAUUUCCUACCCGAUACUCUAGAGAAUAUCGUAAAUUUCCCAAUUCUCUAUAUCAGUCAACUACCAAAUUCAGUGAAAACCAUUUCAUUGAAAACAACAUCCAAGUCUGAUUAUCUUCACCAUGGAGAUAUUCCAACAAGCAUCACAUCAUUGACUUUUGGUAGAUAUCCCAAACAUCUUGACCUGGCUAUUGUACCACCAUCUGUAAAAUACCUAAAGCUAGGUGAAGUUUCCAAAGAUCCUCGCUUUCUCAAUCUUCCACCAACUGUUGAAGAACUUGAUUUAGGUCAAACUAAAUUUCGAAAACUAAAAGUUCAAGCAUUAUCUUCAAUUAAAAAGAUUACCCUAUCGAAUGUCAACGACCCAUCUUUAGUUUGCAAACACAAGUAUCCACCCGGGGUUGAGUCAAUGACAAUCAAAUCCAUUCGUAAAAUACCAUUUUCAACAUCGUUUGUACCAUUCACAGUUAAAUACCUAGAUAUGAAGGAUUUGGAGCCAGGAGCCAUUGUCAAUUCAUCAUCUAUCCCAAGUUCAGUUGAAGAACUCACCAUUUCAAACAACUUUUUCAAAAACUACACCAAUAGAAUAGAGUUGAUUCCAACAACUGUGAAAACUAUUAGAAUGAUAUUAAAGAGAUCAGAAAAGACACCGAUUGUUUACGAAAUCAGAAGGUUGAGUGAUGAUCAAUUUAUAAUUCUUGCCGACUCGACAUCUAUUCAUGGUGUGUAUUUAUUAAAUCCAAAAACAAAUUAUUUAUGCACCAACUUUUUGGAAGAAGUUAACCUAACUUUAUUAUAA